CUCGAGAGAGUCUCUCGGGAGGCUGGAUUAGCCACACGUUGUGGUGAACCAGGAUAAAAUUCGGUGUGCUCCUUCCUUACCCUCUUUACUUUAACGCUCUCGUUUUUAAUUUCCUGCGAUUUUGUUUUAAACGCUAUUCACCCCCCCUCUAGCGUUGGGCCUUUAUUCUAACAAUUGGUAUCAGAGCCUUACUCUCUGUAAGACUUAACCGUUUGAGAGAAACGAUCAAUGGCUUCUACUCAAAGUUCAUACGCAGGUUUAGGUGAAGGGCAAUCCACCACGAGGCCUCCGUUGUUUGACGGAACGAACUACACCUAUUGGAAGGAGCGGAUGAGGAUUUACAUCCAAUCCACCAACUUUCUCCUUUGGAGAAUUAUCAAGAAUGGUGAAGACGUGCCAAUGAAGAAGGUCGGGGAAACCAACGUCCCUAAGACCGAGAACGAGUAUGAUGCACAAGACAUCAAGAAAGUGGAAAACAAUGCCAAGGCCAUCAAUAUCAUCUAUUGUGCCGUAAAUCCGGAUGACUACCGGAAGAUCUCUUGUUGCACCACCGCGAAGGAAAUGUGGGAUAAACUAGAAAUCACCUACGAAGGUACGGAUCAAGUCCGAGAAGCUAAAAUUGAUUUUCUAACCCAUGAAUAUGAAUUGUUUCGUAUGAAGGAGAAUGAGAAAAUCGAUGAGAUGUUUGAACGAUUCUCCAAAAUCGUCAAUGAUCUCCAUGCUCUCAAGAAGACGUACACGGACAAUGAUCUUGUGAGAAAAAUCCUGCGAAGUCUCACACCGGAGUGGCGCUCCAAAGCCGAUGCCAUCCAAGAGUCCAUUGGCAUCACCAACGUCAUCAUUGACGGGCUUAGAGGUAACCUCAAAACCUAUGAGUCUACCAUUUUAUUCCCCUCUUUAGGUGAACAAAAGAAGAAGGGGAUUGCACUCAAGGCUUCCUCAAGCCAAGAACCCGCCAUGGAGGAAUCAAGCGAUGAAGACAACGAGUUCGGGCUCGUUAUCAAGAAAUUCCACAAGUUCAUGCGCAAGGAGUAUGAACGAAAGGGUAAAAAGCAUGGAGGACCACCCAAGUGCUAUGGUAAGGCUUAUAGAGUCUUCAACAAACGCACCUUAACCGUUGAGGAAUCUCCUCAUGUUGUCUUUGCCGAAAAUGAUGCUCGCUUGGCGAGAAAGGUUUCUUGUGAUGAUCUUGUAGAUUCAUUGGAGAACAUCUAUCUCAACGACAAUGACGAAGGAGAAAACUCAAAGGAAAGCCAAGAUGUGGAAGUAGAGCCACCCGUAAACGAGGAACAACCACAAGAGGAGGAAACGCCAAUGCCAAGGGCAUGGAGGACUUCAAAGAACCAUCCUCUUGACAAGGUAAUCGAUGACAUCAACCGAAAGCCAAAAAUCCUGCAAAUACUCCCUCUCUACUUUGUUGAAAUGGCAGGAGGUCAAAUAAAAAGAUCCCGCACCGGCAAGAACGUGGCUUCUUCCUCGGCUCCUCCACCACCGGCGCACAAGUAUCUCGAUGGGUCGUUCCUUUGGUUCAACGACCGCGCAGAGGCGACGCGGUUCUCGGAGAAGUUCGAGCACCGGGAGAUUCUUCCUCCCCGGUUUUCCACCGGCCGAUUCAUCCACAGCGCCAUCCCUCGCCAGGCACGGGUCAUCCUCCAAGAAGGACACUUCCUCGACCUCCUCUACAUCAAGAAGAACGACUACCACCCUUUUCUUGUUCGAGCUUUCUAUUCAAACUUGAAAAAGGAUGAGGAUGGAGCGUUGAUUUCUAACGUCAACGGGGUGGAGAUCUAUUUGAAUGAGGAGAACAUUCAAAUCCUCACCGGACUUCGACGGGAUGGACAGGAUCUCGGGCUCUACGUCGGAGAAGAAGGAGCACGGUUCAACGAGACCGCCCUCUUGGAGGAAGUGGGCAUCCGAAACUUCGUCCCCACUCCUCAACAGCGGCGUCCUACGAUUUCUUCCAUGAGUCCCUUGUAUCGUUUCAUCACUACAAGAAAUUUGGUAUUUUGGCACACUUAAAAUGGUGGUUCGCCACACUUAUAAAUGUGGAAAAAACACUUUGCCACACAUGACCUAAGUGCGGCUACCUAACUGUGGGCAAUUUUUAGCCACACUUUUAGAUAAGUGUGGCUAAUAAAUAUUUUAGCAACAC